GAAGAGGCCCAGGGAGCCGCUCGCCCCGACCCCGCCGCCCAAUGUUCUCAAGAUGGAGGCAGCGGGGGCGGCGGCGUGAGGAAAGCGGCGCUGUGGGCGCGGACGCAGGGGCCCCGGCGGCCCGGGCGGAGGCGGUGGCGGGAUGGGGCUGCUCCUCAUGAUCCUGGCGUCGGCCGUGCUGGGCUCCUUCCUCACCCUCCUCACCCAGUUCCUGCUGCUUUACCGCAAACAGCCCGAGCCGCCGCCGGACGAGAGCGCCCGCGCGGGCGACGGCUUCCGCUACCUCAAGCCGGUGCCGGGCCUGGCCCUGCGGGAGUACCUUUAUGGCGGCGGCGGGGCUGAGGAGCCCUCGGGCGGGCCCCCCGAGGGCGGCGCGACCCCGGCCGUGGCCCCCGAGACCCCCGCCCCGCCGACGCGGGAGACCUGCUACUUCCUCAACGCCACCAUCCUGUUCCUGUUCCGGGAGCUGCGGGACACCGCGCUGGCCCGCCGCUGGGUCACCAAGAAGAUCAAGGUGGAGUUCGAGGAGCUGCUGCAGACCAAGACGGCCGGGCGCCUGCUGGAGGGGCUGAGCUUGCGGGACGUGUUCCUGGGCGAGGCCGUGCCCUUCAUCAAGACCAUCCGGCUCCUCCGGCCCGUGGUGCCCUCGGCCCCCGGAGAGCCCGACGGCGCCGAGGGGGAGGCGCUGCCCGCCACCUCCCCCGAGGAGCUGGCCUUCGAGGCGGAGGUGGAGUACAACGGGGGCUUCCACCUGGCCAUCGACGUGGACUUGGUCUUCGGCAAGUCCGCCUACCUCUUCGUCAAGCUGUCCCGCGUGGUGGGGCGGCUGCGCUUCGUCCUCACCCGCGUGCCCUUCACCCACUGGUUCUUCUCCUUCGUGGAGGACCCGCUGAUCGACUUCGAGGUGCGCUCCCAGUUUGAGGGGCGGCCCAUGCCCCAGCUCACCUCCAUCAUCGUCAACCAGCUCAAGAAAGUCAUCAAGCGCAAGCACACCCUUCCGAGUUACAAGAUCAGGUUUAAGCCGUUUUUUCCAUUCCAAACCUUGCAAGGAUUUGAAGAAGAUGAAGAAGAGCAUAUCCAUAUACAACAAUGGGCGCUUACUGAAGGUCGCCUUAAAGUUACAUUGUUAGAAUGUAGCAGGCUACUCAUUUUUGGAUCCUAUGACAGAGAGGCAAAUGUUCAUUGCACACUUGAAUUGAGCAGUGGUGUUUGGGAAGAAAAACAAAGGAGUUCUAUUAAGACGGCUGAAUUAAUAAAGGGGAAUUUACAAGGUGUCGGACUUACACUUCGUCUUGUUCAGUCAACUGAUGGGUAUGCUGGGCACGUCAUAAUUGAGACUGUGGCCCCAAACUCACCUGCUGCAAUUGCAGAUCUUCAGCGGGGAGAUCGACUGAUUGCUAUUGGAGGUGUGAAGAUAACAUCUACACUGCAAGUGUUGAAGCUGAUCAAGCAGGCUGGUGACCGAGUCCUGGUGUAUUAUGAAAGGCCUGUCGGCCAAAGUAAUCAGGGUGCAGUGCUGCAAGAUAACUUUGGACAGUUGGAAGAAAACUUUCUGUCAAGCUCAUGCCAACCAAAUUAUGAAGAGGAAACAACUGGGUUGGCAGUAGACGCUGAAAAUAGAGACCUGGAUUCUGAAUUUGAAGACUUGGCAAGUGAUGUCAGAGCACAAAGUGAGUUCAAAGAUGAGGCACAAUCACUAAGUCACAGUCCCAAACGUACUCCGACAACACUUUCUGUUAAACCCCUUGGAACUAUAUCGCCAGUUUUAAACCGUAAAUUAGUUGUAGGAAGUCACCCACCACCACCAAAAAUUCCAUCCAAAGAAGGAAGUAAACCCUUAGCCCUAAAAACUUGUGAGAUAACAGACCCAGCGCACGUGUCAAAACCCACCCAAGGAUCCAUUUUCAAACCACCCGUGCCACCACGACCACAAGUGAAAGUUCCUUUGCCUUCUGCUGAUGCCCCAAAUCAGGCAGAACCAGAUGUUCUUGUUGAAAAGCCAGAGAAGGUGCUGCCUCUUCCUCCUGCAGAUAAGCCUGUUGAAAAGCAAGCAAAAAAUACGGAUCACGUAGAAGAUGCAGCUGCACGUAAGCAGUUUUUAGCAAAGCAAGAAGUGGCGAAAGAUUUUCCUUCAGAAAGUUCCUGCCCUCCAAAGGACAGUUCGGAUGAUCCUCAAAUGUGGGAAUCAUCAGAAAUUCCUUAUCGUAAUAAGCUAGGAAAAUGGACAAGAACGAGAGCGACCUGUUUCUUUGACAUAGAAGCCAGCCACAGAUACUUAAACGUUGCACUGUGGUGCAGGGAUCCUUUCAAGUUAGGGGGCCUCAUCUGUUUGGGGCAUGUUAGCUUAAAACUUGAAGAGGUGGCAUUAGGAUGCCUAGCUACAUCAAACAUGGAAUACCUUUCCAAAUUCAGAUUAGAAGCCCCAACGCCUAAGGCUAUGGUCACAAGAACCGCACUCCGCAAUCUGAGUAUGCAGAAGGGAUUCAAUGACAAAUUUUGCUUUGGUGACAUUACUAUUCAAUUCAAAUAUGUGAAAGAAGGAGAACCAGACCACCAUAUAGUUUCUAACGUAGAGAAAGAAAAAGAACUCCAUUUGGUUGAAGAGGUUUCUGCCCUACCUAAAGAGGAGCACUUUGUUGGACAGAUGGGUGUAACAGAAAAUAAACAUAGUUUCCAAGAUACUCAGUUCCAGAACCCAACUUGGUGUGAUUACUGUAAGAAAAAAGUUUGGACUAAAGCUGCUUCCCAAUGUAUGUUCUGUGCUUAUGUUUGCCAUAAAAAAUGUCAGGAAAAGUGUCUAGCCGAGACUCCUCUUUGUGGAGCAACUGAUAGGCAGAUAGAGCGGACCCUGAAAACCCUCAGAGUGGAAGGACAAGAAACCCUCCUAGGCCUCCCACCUCGUGUUGACACCGAAGCUAGCAAGUCAGUUAAUAAAACAACAGGUUUGACGAGACAUAUUAUCAACACUAGCUCUCGUUUCUUAAGUUUGCGUCAAGUCUCUAAAACUCGCCCAUCUGAACCAGGAGCUGAUCUAGUAGAACCUUCACCAAAACACACCCCGAACACAUCAGACAACGAAGGCAGUGACACAGAGGUCUGUGGUCCAAACAGUCCUUCUAAACGGGGAAACAACACAGGAAUAAAGUUAGUGAGAAAGGAGGGCGGUCUGGACGACAGUGUUUUCAUUGCAGUUAAAGAAAUUGGUCGUGAUCUCUACAGGGGCUUGCCUACAGAGGAAAGGAUCCAGAAACUAGAGUUCAUGCUGGAUAAACUGCAAAAUGAAAUUGAUCAGGAGUUGGAACACAAUAAUUCCCUUGUUAGAGAAGAAAAAGAGACAACCGAUACAAGGAAAAAAUCACUUCUUUCUGCUGCUUUGGCUAAAUCAGGUGAAAGACUACAAGCUCUAACACUGCUUAUGAUCCACUAUAGAGCAGGUAUUGAAGACAUCGAAUCUUUAGAAAGUCUGUCUUUAGACCAGCACUCCAAAAAAAUAAGCAAGUACACAGAAGAUACAGAAGAGGACCUUGAUGAUAGUGAAAUAACCCAGCUCAUAGACUCGCAGCCUUUCAGCAGCAUAUCAGAUGACUUAUUUGGCCCAUCUGAGUCUGUGUAACAGACAGUCUCUCUAAACUUUCCACUGAUUGGGGGAAAGCUGCAUCUAAAGUACCACAGAUAAAACCAUGUUUAAACCCUCUUAUAAUGCACUUGGACUGCUUCUCCACAGUUACUGCUUGUUUAAGAACAAGAAUGAAAAAGAUGGUUUUCCAGCAGAAACAUGACCAGCUCACUAAAUCGGUUGUUGCAGAUUGCAUUUAUAGCUGUGCUUUUGGGUUUAUACUGGGAAUUUAUUUUUACUAAUUUAUUUUUAACUUUUUCUAAUUAUGUAAUUAUGUAAGCUAACUUUUCAUGUUUAUGUAUGUGUGAUGUCUGAUGUUAUUUUCCUUCUAGUUUUUGAAUUAGUGUUAAAUAGGCUACUGUCCAGAUUCUUGAAAUGUUUUCAUUUCCAUCAUGGUUAUAACAAAUUUGUUGCAUGCCCAAUUGACAACAGCAAUCAUUGAGGGAACAGGUUUGAAUCUUACCUUGCGUUAUGGAGUUUGUCAUCUCUACUUACUGGAGAUUUUUGUUGUUUUGUGGUUUUGGGGAGUGCUUUUGUUUUUGCCAAAUGUAACGCGAAAGCAGAUGCUGCAGCUUUAGUUGGUUAUGCUGAUUUAGUAAAAAAAAAAGUUUUACAUA